AUAACAUGGCGACAAAAUUUUACAUUGUUUUAAGAGUAAAUUCUCUUCACGCAUAGCAAGAACAGCACGUUUUUCGUGUCUCAGUUCUCCAUAGGAUGGAAGCGGCUAAGUUUACAAGUAAAAAGAUUUCGUGUGAUGUUGUAAACGACAAUUUAACAAACAUUGAUAGUGAAGAGCUUCAUCCAACGCGUUUGUUGAGCAAUUUGCAAAACGUGUGUCGUGAUCAUUUAAUGAAAAUAGAAAUUGCCGAUGAAGAACGUGGAGAAACAUAUAGAAAUCAGCUGCAAUCUUUGCAAGGCUAUGUUCAUGAUUUGAGCUCCAAAAACGAAAUGCUUCUCGAGACUGUGCAAGAACUUGAACGUGAGGCUAGUCAUAGAGUUGCAUUGGUUGAAGGAAAUCUUCAAAAAACUACAGAGGAACUUAAAGAGUUGCAUUUGGCAAAUGAAACGUUGAGAAAUCAGACCAUGAAAAUUGAAAAUGAACUCAAGAAUGAAAAAGACAAUUAUGAAUACAUGAAUCAUGAGGCAAAUGAAGUUCGUCAACAAAAUGAUGAUUUGGAACAUGAUGUUGAAAUACUAGUUAAUCUUGUGGGGGAUCUCAUGGCUGGCAGUAAAAUCAAGAUUGAUGAUCUUGGAUUAAAAGUUGUUCCUACUCAAAAACUGUUUGAUAUUCAAACCAAAGCUAUUAAAGACAUAGAUAUGCAAGAGGAACAAUUUAAUAAAAGAAUUUCUCAGCUCCAAGAGACUAUUUCAUCUCGUGAUAAAGUUAUUGUUGACCUUAAGAACACCAUAUUGGGUUAUGUAGAGAAACACCAAAAUAAACUUGACAACAUGUCAUUGAAGGAAAAAAGAACUGACUCGCCGAAAAACAAUCCAAAAUCAUUUGAGAAAUUGUCUGAGGAAACUAGUGGAAUACAGACAAGUAAAGAUGUCAUGAUUCGUCAGCUUCGCACGGAUUUAGAACUUAGUGAAAAACGAAGAAAGGAAAUUACGUCAAACUUGGAGGAAUCUGAGAACUUUAUUGCUCGGUUACAAAGCGAGAUGGGUCGUUUGGAAAAUGAACAUUACAUUUCAAGUUCAGAUGUCAACAGUAAAGCUCUGGCUAUAAAAACAUGGGAGAGUCGAUACAGAGAAAGUAAACUGGAGGUGGCUCGACAGAAUGAAAAAGUUAAUGAACUGCAGAAUAAAUUGAGACAGAAAGAUCAUGAAAUAGAAAGUAUCACAACUAAGACGGAAAAUGAUUUCGUCAUGAAGAUUAAAUUGCUAAAAGAAGAACUAGAAAAUGUCAAACAGAAAAACGUAAAGAUGAGGAAGAACUUAGCAAAUGUAAAAAAUUAAUUAAAGAAUUACAAGAUGAAGGAACUACAGAACAAUCUGAGUUAAAUGUGAAAUUAAAAAAGUCGGAGAGUUUAGUUGAGCAAUUACGUAAAGAUUUGAAAAAUCUUAGAGAGAAAUUCGCUUAUGUAAAAUCAGAAAA